AUGCAUUUAGAAUUUCAGAUGGCUGCUAAUGACAAACCUCUGAAAGUGGAUUCUGCUAAGAACAAAUCUGACGUGAAAAUGGAUCCUGCUAACUUGAAGUUUGAUGCAAGUGAUAUGGCCGCAAAUGACAAACUUGUGAAAGUGGAUCAUGCUAAGGACAAAUCUGACGUGAAAAUGGAUCCUGCUAACUUGAAUUUGGAUGCAAAAUUUCAUGUAUUAUAUUUUGGUAUAUUUGUGAUGGCUCCUAAUGACAAACCUGUGAAGGUGGAUCCUGCUAAGGACAAAUCUGAUGUGAAAAUGGAUCCUGCUAACUUGAAUUUGGAUGCAAGUAAUAUGAGUCGUAAAUUUGACUGCAUAAAAGACAUCAGCGACAAGAAGGAAACAUGGAGAUUGGCUGUUCGAAUUAUUGAUGUAUGGAGCGUUGUUAACAGUAAGGGUGCUGAACAUCUGGAGAUGGUUAUCAUGGAUGCUGCGGGUGAUCGAAUUCAAGUUUUGAUUCGGGCUGAUCAUACAGAUAAGUGGAAAUCAAGAAUUCAAGAGAAUAUGACUUGCAUAAUCAACAACGGGACUGUAUUUGAUAACGAUUUUCAGUGGAAGCUGUGUGACCAUUCAAAGAAAUUCGUGUUCCUUGGUGGUACGACUAUGAAACACAUGGAUGUACAAAAUAUUCCUCCUCUGAAGUAUUAUUUCAAAGAGUUUUGCGAAAUCAAUGCAGGCAAAUGUCAUCUUAACAGACUUGAAGAUAUUAUAGGUGUUGUACAUGAGAUAAACAAUAUGCAAUCAAACACUCCAGGAAAGAAGACAUUUGUGGCCCUCAGUCUCAAAGAUUUGAGCGGUGACAUCAUUAACUGCACAUUAUGGGAGAGCUAUGGUAUUAAGUUUUUGGAAUAUUAUAAUGACCCAACUAACACGGGUGCUAUUGUCAUCAUACUAACCCAUGCAAUGAUCAAGGAUUCUCAGGUAUCCAAUGCAUGGAGUGGUUCAAAGCUGCUAAUCAACGAAGACAUCCAGGAGAUUUCUGAGUUUUUGUCAAAGUUGCCUGCAAAUGAGCAAUCCCAAAAGCCUUCGCAAUCUACCAAAUCCAUGUCUCUUUGGUCUGGUGGAUCUCAGUUUACAACACUUGAAAAAUUUGUUCAUAAGGCAAAGUGCAUUCCUUUGAGUCAAUUCUGCAAAAUCAAACAAGACAUGUUAUGUGUUACUGUUGGAACUACCACGAAAUUUUAUGUAUCCAAGCAUGUGUGUGUGUGUGGCGAAAAUGUUCACAAACCCAUACCAAGGUACAAAGUUGAUAUAUAUGUUUAUGACGGUGAAUCAAAGUUCCGGUUUGUAUUUUGGGAUGCCGACUGUGAGCAGAUUAUAGGACAAUCUGCUGAUAGCAUGCAUAAAUCAAUGUUAGAGAAUGGUGAAGAUGAUCCCAUGGUUUAUCCUGACGAGCUUGACAUGUUGUUGGAGAAGAAAAUGGCUUUGAGAGCUAAAGUACAGCCAAACUUUGGGCAAGCAUCUGUUUGGAAGUUUUCUUAUGAUGAAGAAUUUGUCAGUCAAAUUGAAAAGGAUUAUAUUGCUGAUGAGGCUCAUAGUCUUCCUCCCAUUCAAAAUGCUGUUGCUGAUCAUGUUGAUACUUCCAUGGAGUCCUUAUCUGCAUUUGGAGAAAAUGAUCAUGAGAAGAGUUUGGCCAAUACCCCAUCAAAGAGUGUUUCUCAUGGUGUUGAUGCUGAAGAAUCGGAUUGUCAGCUUUUAGGACUUACACAAUAUUCAGGAACCAAGCCACCCAAAAAAGUGAAGAUUGAACCAAAUGCUUGA